AUCUCCAGCCUGCGGCUGCUCCGGGGAGGCUGGGCGCGGCGCGAUCCUCUCCACCGGUGGCUCCAGCCCGCACUCCGCGCCUCGUGUCGCCCUUCUCGCACCUGGUCCUGCUCCAGGCCGGGAGAGCCCGGGGGCGGCUUCCCAGAACCUGCGGAGCUCAGUGGCCGAUCUCCCCUGCGCCGACUGACCCAUUCACUGGGAGCCCCGUCUUUUGCCAGAGCCCACGUCCCCUGCCACCUCUAGCUGGGAGCGGCGUGCAGCGCCAUGGAGAAGAGCAACGAGACCAACGGCUACCUCGACAGCGCCCAGGCGGGGCCUGCGGCCGGGCCUGGAGCUCCCGGGACCGCGGCGGGACGCGCCGGGCGUUGUGCGGGCUUCCUGCGGCGCCAAGCGCUGGUGCUGCUCACGGUGUCCGGGGUGCUGGCGGGCGCGGGCCUGGGCGCGGCGCUGCGCGGGCUCAGCCUGAGUCGCACGCAGGUCACCUACCUGGCCUUCCCCGGAGAGAUGCUGCUCCGCAUGCUGCGCAUGAUCAUCCUGCCGCUGGUGGUCUGCAGCCUAGUGUCGGGCGCCGCCUCCCUCGACGCCAGCGCCCUCGGGCGUCUGGGCGGCAUCGCCGUCGCCUACUUUGGCCUCACCACGCUGAGUGCCUCUGCGCUCGCCGUGGCCUUGGCAUUCAUCAUCAAGCCGGGGUCCGGUGCGCAGACCCUUCAGUCCAGCGACCUGGGGCUGGAGGACUCGGGGCCUCCUCCCGUCCCCAAAGAGACGGUGGACUCUUUCCUCGACCUGGCCAGAAACCUGUUUCCCUCAAAUCUUGUGGUUGCAGCUUUCCGUACGUAUGCAACCGAUUAUAGAGUCGCGAACUACAGCACCAGCUCUGGAAACGUAACCCAUGAAAAGAUCCCCAUGGGCACUGAGAUUGAAGGGAUGAACAUUUUAGGAUUGGUCCUGUUUGCUCUGGUGUUAGGAGUGGCCUUAAAGAAACUAGGCUCUGAAGGAGAAGACCUCAUCCGUUUCUUCAAUUCCCUCAACGAGGCGACAAUGGUGCUGGUGUCCUGGAUUAUGUGGUACGUACCUGUGGGCAUCAUGUUCCUUGUUGGAAGCAAGAUUGUGGAAAUGAAAGACAUCAUCGUGCUGGUGACCAGCCUGGGGAAAUACAUCUUCGCAUCUAUAUUGGGCCAUGUUAUUCAUGGAGGAAUUGUUCUGCCACUUAUUUAUUUUGUUUUCACACGAAGAAACCCCUUCGGAUUCCUCCUGGGCCUCCUCGCCCCAUUUGCAACAGCAUUUGCCACCUGCUCCAGCUCAGCGACCCUUCCGUCUAUGAUGAAGUGCAUCGAAGAGAACAAUGGUGUGGACAAGAGGAUCAGCAGGUUUAUUCUCCCCAUCGGGGCCACUGUGAACAUGGACGGAGCAGCCAUCUUCCAGUGUGUGGCCACGGUGUUCAUUGCCCAGCUCAACAACGUAGAGCUCAAUGCAGGGCAGAUUUUCACCAUUCUAGUGACCGCCACAGCGUCCAGUGUUGGAGCAGCAGGCGUGCCAGCCGGAGGGGUCCUCACCAUUGCCAUUAUCCUGGAGGCCAUUGGGUUGCCUACUCAUGACCUGUCUCUGAUCCUGGCUGUGGACUGGAUUGUGGACCGUACCACCACGGUGGUGAAUGUCGAAGGGGAUGCCCUGGGCGCGGGCAUUCUCCACCACCUGAAUCAGAAGGCAACGAAGAAAGGUGGGCAGGAAUUGGCUGAGGUGAAAGUGGAAGCCAUCCCCAACUGCAAGUCUGAGGAGGAGACGUCACCCCUGGUGACACACCAGAACCCCCGUGGCCCCGUGGCCAGUGCCCCAGAACUGGAAUCCAAGGAGUCGGUUCUGUGAGGGGGCUGGGCUUUGGGCUGUCCCACCCUGUUCACCCAGCCGCCAGUCGUGGACACAGGGCACUGCCCUUGCCAACUUUUAAUCUCCCAAGCAAUGCUUUGGCUCAGUCGCUGGCCUGAGGCUUACCUCUCGGCACUGGCCUCAGGCUCCCCAGGAGGAACUGGUUACCAAGGACCAGGACACUCUGACAUUUGGCUUAAUCCAUGUCCAGGUGCAACUGUGUGUACAUCCAGCGAUCUGUUUGGACCCCUUGAGCUGCCAGGCUCAAGAAACCAUGGACUCAAAGGGUCCUGUGGUCACGCCUUGGAAAAAUGCAGAUGAUGUAUUUCACUGUCCCCUAGUCAGCUCUGUGUCAGGUGUUUCCUAAGCAAACCAAGGGGGUUUAUAGUCACCUAUUGCAUUGCCUUGAGUUGUAGUAAUUGAAAAAAUACCCAAAUUCUUAGCUGGACUUUGCUGAGCUGGGACUCAGGUGUUUAAAGAGUUUGUGCUAUAGCUAGGUGUGGGUGGCUUCUGAUCCCUGGGUUCUGGGAGACUGCAGGUGCCGUACAGUGUCAAGUUAGAAAUACUCCAGGUGGGUGUUAGCACUGUGUGUGGAGGCGGGUAGGGGCAGGUGGUUUCUGGUCCACAGCCUUAGGUAAACAUCUUAGAUUCUGAGGUCAAAGAAAAAAGGAGAGGGAAUGCAGCCUUGUCAGGGUGGAUGGGGGAGCAGAGGGUUCUCUAAUCAGGACAGGACGGGUUUCACACACAGUUGUCCCAGUUCUCAUCCCAGCCCUAGGGCACAUUUCUCCCUCCUUCCAGAGGCCUGGGCCUCUGGCAACACUGUAGCUUUAGCUCUAUUCACUCUGAUUUGGCAACAGGCCAGAGAGGGGCCUCCUUCCCUGGGGAAGUGUGAUGCAGUCAUAUUCAGGACGCCUGUUGGUUUAUCAAUCUACUAUUUGAAUUCAACUGGACUCUGUAAAAUGCUGCACUGCAGCAAAAACGACAGCCCCCACCCCAGAGAAAACCAUGUACUAACUGGAGUGGGGCACCCCCAUUCACAGAUUCCCAGGUCCCCUGGCUUUGGCUGAUUUCAAAAUAUAGAUCCCUUUCUUGCCAGUACAUCCACGUUUAAAAUUAUCAGCGAAAUGGUCCACGUUUUUCCAGUUACCUGCUGAUGUGGUUCUAAUCUUCUAAUCUAAGUAAGGGGCUUUCACAGAGGAGUUUACCAGUGAGAGGGAAGAUCUGAGAACCUGCUGUCUGACUGGUUGUUGACACAUAUUCAUGAUGUAACAGGUCCUGGGGCCUCACUUUACCCCAUUUGUAAGAUGGGGCUAAUGUCACCUGCCUCUUACCUACCUCAGAGGGAUUUGGUGAGGCAAACUGUUAAUCUGUGAAAAUGACCAUUUCACUUCUUGGCUAUCAAGUGCCAACCCAGUAUGCUCUUCUUUUUUUGUGUAAGGGACAGCUUUCUCUACCCAGUCCUUCUGCUGGUGAGGAUAGCCUUUCUGAGCAGAGCUUUGUUCUCUAUGCGCAUUAGGACUUUUAUCUACGCCACUUGUUCUGUGUGUAGUUAGCAUCAAACGCAGCCUCUUCCUCAUGUCCUUCAAGUUUUCAUGAACCAGUUACCCCACCUUCCACCAUGGUUCUGGGCACCUGACUUCGCCGUGUCUCCCAGACCCAGGCACUGUUUCUGCCACCCUGUAGCAGGCCAUUAAAGCGCCCCAGUGUUCAGCCUCCUUCA